AUGGGUGCAAGUUGGUCAACAGCAACUCAAAAUGAACAGGAUUCUAUGGAGGAUCAUAGAUGUUACAUAAAAUCUCCAGUGAAUAGGACUGCUUAUGAAUGGCAUUUGAAUGAUCUGGACAAUGGUGCAUUGAAGAAGGCCAAAAAGAUUCACUCAUACUAUGAAAAGUUACACAAACCAAGGCAUUGGCUGAUUGCAUACAUCCUGCGGUCAAGCCUGAUAGUAAGAGAUUCAGUUGACGCAAUUAAAAGAGGCUAUCUGGAUCACUUAUCCCCUGCUAAACAUCGUGAUAUUGGGAAAGUCAUUGAUGAGAACUUCAAAAAUGCUAGUGAAAGCAAUGAUCCAACGUUUGUACUUCGAGCUUAUUCUCAGUCAAGCGAGUUCACCAAACAAAUCAAUGGUGAUAUGGCUAAAAAUACGUAUCAUGAAUUGACGCUUUACUGUACUCCACUCAACUGCAACGUUCUAGCACGUACACAGGAUGGUAUUCAAGCUUUUAUUACUAUAUUGUUUCAUCCAAGGUUAGAUGAACAACUAUGUGUAAACAAUAUGACCGUGUAUAGAGGUUUUGCUAUUGAUAGCGACAGCGUAUUAAAAGGAUAUGAAACAGGUGCUAUAAUUAUAACUGCCACCUUUCUAUCAACUUCAAAAGACCUGGAAGUUGCAGCUAUUUUUAGAGACAGUGGUGAGGAUUCUACAAAGCCUAAUCAAAUAUUUCUUUUGUGUACAUAUAAAAUUCACCAUUAUCGUCGUACAGCCCUCAAUAUGGCAGGAAUUUCACAAUAUCCGGAAGAAAACGAAGUCUUAAUUUAUCCGUAUGUUCCAUUUCGAAUUCUCUCUUAUAUCAAGAAGACACAUGAACCGACUGGAAAGCAGCAAGUCGACGUAGAGUUGGAAGAAAUUGGCGAUGAUUGCGAUAUUAAUAGCAACAGAUAG